AUGAACACAGUCCAGGCCAUUCUGUGGUCGUUAGUUUUGCUGUUUCCUGCGCACUACGAUGCCAUCGUAGACCCUCCGUCAUGUGAGUCGUCGUCCUUCGGGUGUGUCUCCUCACUCCGGCAGCAGGACUGCCCGAAAGGGGAAAUCCUCAUCUCGGGUGGUUCGCUUAACGGGUGCUGUCCCGGGUGUCGUGGUGGCCGCACGUAUCUAGCGAUCUGCAACGACAACAUCCCCGAUCGUCACUGCGCUCCCGGGCUGAAAUGUAGCGGCCGGAAGUGUAUCUACGAUCGCUCUACCUGUCUGCACACAAUGCACCUGGACACAAGUCUGGUCGGUUGGGUGCCGAAGUGUAACCUGGAUGGGACGUACGCGCCCAAGCAGUGUCGAGGAGACCGUCUUUCUGGGCGCUGUUUCUGCUACAGUGAAGAUGGAAAACGAAUCUUUGGCUGGGAUUGGUACCGCUAUACCGGGCAAAUGACGUGCGACUGCAGUCGAAGACGUUACAAGCUGGAGAACGAAGGACGCUUCGAUGUGACACUGCACUGUACGCAAAACGGGAACUACGAAGAGUUGCAGUGCGACUCGGGGCUGUGUUGGUGUGCGGACGAGUUUACCGGAAGCGUGCAGCUGGGAACGACUGUGAUUCACGAGAGUUUGUGGACAUUAUUGCCAUGCUAUAACCGUACACUGCACGGUGAGUCGUACUUGCGGCAAUGUGAAAGUGCUGCCUACGCCCAGAAAAUGAUCCUCAAGAAGUUCUACACGCGCGGGACCAUUGGGGUAACCUUCAACGAGGUACGUUGCGACUACGAUGGCGCUUACGGACUGUUUCGGGUGGACAAUGGAGUUGUCUACUGCACCUGGCGCGAUGGCAAGAAGAUUGGUUCGUUUCAGAUACGCUCCAACAUGCUGUCGUCAGUCAACUGUUACUGUGCACGUGACGCAACCAUCUACCGGGACGAAGGAAUACCGUUUACGUUGGCCUGUGGUGGAAAUGGAAACUACGAAUACUCGCAGGACCUGAACGGAAAGCUCUUCUGUGUCGACGGCGAUGGAUACGUCGUGAGCACCGACGUGGCACCGAACGAAGCGUGUGACAAGUUUAUCUACAACUCGCCCUUCUACGAUGAGGACUAG